GCAAGUGUCCAGUGACAGGUCCCGGUACUUCAUUGGCAGAGGGAAGGGCGUUAGCGAGAGCUUGCCCAUCGUGUGCGGUGCUCUGGUUUCUGCCUCCAGUUCCCAGCACCACCGACAAAAGACCGUACGCGCCUGCCUCUGAGCCUGGGGCGUUUUCCGCGCCGCUAUGGCGGUCAGAAGCAGGCGACUCACCCAGUCGGGAGAAGCCGCCGCAGAGCAUGCGCUGGUCCAUGGGCACCAUGCCAGUUCUUCAUGUGAUGUGCCAGCCUCCAGUUCCAGGGCCAUGGGGGAGAUGAGGUAGCCCUUGGGUUUGAUUGGGGAAGCCCAGUUCAAUGGAUACGAAGUACAAGGAUGAUUUAUUUCGGAAGUACGUGCAGUUCCAUGAGGGCAAAGUGGACACCACCCCCAGCAAGCUGCAGCCUGGCAGCGAUGAGUACCUGCGAGUGGCAGCCGCCACCCUGCUCAGCCUGCACAAGGUGGACCCCUUGCACCGAUUUCGGCUGAUCCGGUUUUAUGAAGUGGUAGAGAGCUCCCUGCGUUCACUGAGCAGCUCCAGCCUGAGUGCUCUGCACUGCGCCUUCAGCAUGCUAGAGAUGGUGGCCAUCAACCUCUUCCUGUUCCCCUGGAAGAAGGAAUUCCGCAGCAUCAAGACCUACACAGGCCCUUUUGUUUACUAUGUCAAGUCCACUUUGCUGGAGGAGGACAUCCGAGCCAUUCUGAGGUUCAUGGGCUACGAGCCUGAGUUGGGAACUGCAUACAAACUCAGGGAGCUUGUGGAGUCCCUCCAGGUGAAGAUGGUCUCCUUUGAGCUCUUCCUGGCCAAGGUCGAGUGUGAGCAGAUGCUGGGGAUCCACUCGCAGGUGAAGGACAAGGGCUACUCAGAGCUGGAUGUGGUGACUGAACGCAAGAGCAGUACAGAGGAUGCGCACGGGUGCUCAGAUGCUCUGCGGCGACGGGCUGAGAGCAGGGAACACCUGACCACAUCCAUGGCUCGUGUGGCACUGCAGAAGUCAGCCAGUGAGCGGGCAGCCAAGGACUACUACAAGCCUCGAGUGACCAAACCCUCCAGGUCGGUGGAUGCCUAUGACAGCUACUGGGAGAGCCGGAAGCUCCCCUCAAAGGCCUCACUGAGUCUGCGAAAGGAGCCCCUGGCCAUGGAUGUAGGGGAUGACCUGAAGGAUGAGAUCAUCCGCCCAUCCCCCUCCUUGCUGACCAUGUCCAGCUCCCCCCAUGGCAGCCCUGAUGACCUUCCAUCCAUCUCCCCCACCAACGGACUUGGCCUGCUGCGCAGUCCGUACUUUUCCACUCAGGAUGACGUGGACCUGUAUACGGACUCAGAACCCAGGGCCACCUAUCGGAGGCAGGAUGCUCUGCGGCCGGACAUAUGGCUGCUCAAAAAUGAUGCCCACCCCAUCUACCACAAGCGUUCACCCCCCACCAAAGAGUCUGCCCUAUCCAAGUGCCAAAACUGCGGCCUGUCCUGCAGCUCUGCCCUCUGCCAGCGCUGUGACAGUCUACUGGCCUCCAAGCCCAGCGCUUUUCCCAGCAAGGCAUCUAGUCACGACAGCCUGGUCCAUGGGGCACCUAUGCGGGAGAAGUAUGUGGGUCAGACUCAGGGCCUUGACCGGCUGCCACCUGUCCACUCAAAGCCCAAGCCCUCCACCACAGCCACCUCCCGCUGUGGCUUUUGUAACCGUGUGGGUGCCACCAAUACCUGCACCCAGUGUUCAAAAGUCUCCUGUGACGCCUGCCUCGGCGCCUACCACUACGACCCGUGCUGCAGAAAGAGUGAGCUGCACAAGUUCAUGCCCAACAACCAGCUAAACUACAAAUCCACUCAGUUCUCCCAUCUCGUGUACAGAUAGGCCCCACCCCCAUCUUCCGCUACAAGGGCUACACCGCUGACCUGGCUUGGUCCCGUCCAGAGGUAGCAGAGCAGCAUCAGAAUCUGGGAUCUGAGCUUGACCACGGAAGCAGCCAGGGUCACUGCUCCUUCACACUCUCGGUCUGAGGGACAGGGUGGCACUUCCAUUCAGUCAUUCCGCUGACCUCUCCACUCCCUGCUCAGCUGGUUUGGGUUUGGGUUCUGGUUCCUUUGAAAGAAGGUCUCUGUCUCUGGGACUCUUGCCACAUCUACCCCUCCCACCGCAAAGCCAGCUUGGACUGGGAAGGAUCCUUUGGGCCACCUUUAAAUGCCCACCAGGAGUGGCGAGCUAGAGGCCUGCUGGCUUGUGAAAUGAGCCCUCCUGCCAUACUGGGCCUCUCUGAUGGCUCGCCUCUUUUCCUGCUCCCCUGAUACAAGGAUCCCUAGGCAGAUGUCCCCGUCCCCUACCUCCCUCCAACUGGUAUCAAAGGGGAGCAAGUUCAGUAUUAGCUGAAUGCCAUCUUGCCAGCUCCACUCAAUCAGCCCACAGUGUUGGCGAGCUCUGCUCAGCGACUGGAAAGUGGACUCCACAGCAGGACUGAUGUUCCUUCCUGUUUGCACCCCCCCCACUGUACUGUAUAUACAGAGUUUAAGGUUAUUUUUAAGUGAGUAUUCAACUUGAUGUGUAUUUCAACAUGGUGAAAGAAAUUAAUGAUAACGGUAUUUAUAAAGGUGCCCUGGGACCUUUAGUCUUCCAAGGGGGGUGGUCUCCACUUCGGGUGGAACCAAGAGCCUCGGGGUAGAGGACUGACAAAGCCCAUGGUCCUUCUUGUAUGGGUAGAGGGCGGCUGCCCUUCCCUACAGUUAAUAUUAUACACCUACCUCCAGUGUGCACGUGGGGUUAGCACGGUGCCGAGGGCUGCAAUGACCCCAGUGACAAGGUGGAGACCUCAGCCCUCACAUCUACAGCUCUGGUCUUGGUGCCUGCUGAGCAUGAUCUCGCACCCCAAACCUCAAGUUCAUUUCAGAAGGAAAUUCAGGUGGGGUUCCCUCCACCCCCAUCUAAGCCUUCCUCACUGGUUUGCGGGGCUCUCAGCAGUAGCUCUCAGUCUUUUUGCACUAGGGUGGGCAGAGGUGGUAUGUGCCCAUCGGAUAAAUGCUUCUCCAGUACGCAGCUGAGUGUCCACGACUCCUUGUAUAAAUUACCCACCUCUCAAUUUUCCUUUUUUGGGGAGCAGAGACAGGAGUAGGGCAGGAAUUUGAAACUGUCACUUUCUUGUGAACUGGUAGCACACUUUAGCCAUAGGCAGCUGUGACGUAUGCUGUGUGGGACAUAUAUGCUAGUGGGGUUUUCCCAAAGAAAGAAGGCGUUCAGCUCUAGAGCAGGCUUGACUCUGGCCAAACCCUGAGCCACUGUGAAUUUGCUGGUGUUCUUCCGAUUUACUGGAGUGAUUUUAAGGUUUUCAAAUCUUAUAUGGCUCUUUUUUUAAAUCUCUAGCCGAUAGAUUACAUGUAGAUAGGUGUAUAUACAGCUAAAUUUGAGCAAUUUUAUUACUGAGACUAGCCUCCCUGGGCAUCGGUCUUUGAAGUUCCCUCCAUGCUUUGGAACUGGCGAUGCCUGGCACACUCCUGAGAGCUCUAGUUUUCCAUUCCAGUUUGCUCCAGCAUUGCAGGGACUCUAAGAUGGAGGCCAGGUUGCCCAGGUUAGUCCAGUGUACUUUGUCCCAGGAAAUAUUGUGUGUACAGACUGGCAUGGCCUCACCCUCCUAGGUGUGUCUCACCAUAGGAGAUUGCUGUGAUCCGGAGAGUUAAGUAUAUGCUAAUUUAAAAUGCACAUUAUUUUGUGUUUGAUUUCUACAGAGUUGAAAUGUUCAGAGAUUUUAAAAAAAACUAAAUAAAGUGUCUUCCAUUGUUAAACAAA